UAUAAUAUCAAAUUCCUUUUCUCAUUUAUUUCUCUGUAACCGAACUUUUUUGGAUCCCUUUGUAAACAUGAUUUGCAACCCAUCCUAAUUUCGGUGCUUUCUUUUUAAUUUUACUUUUUGGUUAUAUAUCUAACUUUGUAUUGGGACCAUGUGCAUGUUGCAGCAAUUCGUUCCUUUUCAUCAGACUCAACCAAAUUUGCAAUCUGGGUAUGGCUAUUUUUGUUUCUGGAAUUUUUUCCCCAUUUUGUGGCAUAAUGUUGAAGUGAAUGGUAGUGUUGUAGGUUAAGAAACUUAUUUCAGCUUUGUUUAGGCUGUAGACAUGUUUUUGUAUGAAGAGAUAUGAAGCUUUAGAUAAGUGUUGAUAUGUGUAGGAAUUGGUAUUAGAGUGAGGGUUUCUGUCCGCGAAAAUUAAGUUGCCAGGGUCUGUUUUAAUGGAUCAAACCUUUAGGCAAGACUCGAUUCCUGUUUCUGAGUCAGUGGAUAAGUCUAGUGUUUUGGAAAUAAGACCAUUGCGUCUUCUUGUUCCAGUUUUCUCUCCUCCACCAAAUGCAUCUGGAGCUCAUUUCUUUUGUGUGAACCCGUACGGUCCUUUCCCUUCUGAGGUUACUCCAUUCUAUCCGUUCUUUGGUUAUGUGGGGUCUCAAAAGCAUCCUGAACAGAAUCCACAAACCCCGGUUGGUGUCCCGAAUCAGACUGCAGGUUCUGGGUACAGCAAUCCAAUUACAGCUGCUGUUCAGAUAGCUCCUUAUAGGACAGCACCACCCACAGCUCAGGUAAAUGGAGAUACUAGUGGCACUAGGAGUAGUGGUCGAUCAGAAUCCCAAGGUGGGUUUGCAGAGGAGGAUGAGUAUAGUGACAGCCAGAAUCACGGUGCCGAGCUUCUGAGUAGUUUUAAUAUGCACAUUUCCGGUCUGGAGGAUACUGGUAAGAGUAAGAGACCAAAGAAUAAGUCCCAGAAGAAGACGAGUGAUAGUCAAGAAACCAAUGUUAACUUGUCAGAUGCUGAUGUGGAUUCAAUAGUUAACAAUAUUCUCUCAUCAUUUAAUCUCAUGGAAUUUAAUAUGGUCCGACAAGCUGAUGGUGACAGGAAGUCUGUGGGAUAUAUACUACUGAUUUAUGAUUUGCUCCGAAGAAAACUAUCACAGUUUGAAGAUACAAAAGAAGCAACUGCUGGGACUAUUAGACGGCCUGAUUUGAAAGCGAGUACAGUCUUGACGAAUAAAGGAAUUCGGACAAAUAUCAAGAAGAGAGUUGGAGUUGUCCCAGGUGUUGAAGUGGGGGAUAUUUUCUAUUUCAGAAUGGAAAUGAACUUGGUUGGAUUGCAUUUUCCUUGUAUGGCUGGGAUUGACUACAUGGGUCUGAAAAUUAAUCGAGAAGAAGAGCCGGUAGCAGUUAGCAUUGUUUCAUCUGGAGGAUAUGAGGAUAAUGUAGAGGAUGGGGAUGGGUAUGUGUUAAUUUACAGUGGACAAGGUGGGAAUAUUUUUAGGAAAGAUAAGGAAAUAAUGGAUCAAAAGCUUGAAAGAGGUAAUCUUGCUUUGGAGAAAAGCUUCCAUCGGGGCAAUGAGAUACGAGUGAUCCGAGGUAUAAAGGAUUUAGCAACUCUAAAUGGUAAGGUAUAUGUAUAUGAUGGUCUUUACAAAAUUCAGGAGUCAUGGGUGGAGAAAGGGAAGUCAGGUUGUAAUGUAUUUAAGUAUAAAUUGGUUAGGUCACCCGGGCAGCCUGAAGCAUUCAUGACAUGGAAAUCAGUUCAACAAUGGAAGGAUGGUAUUACUUCUAGAACUGGGGUUAUAUUGCCAGAUCUUACUUCAGGGGUAGAAAAUAUACCUGUUUCUCUUGUAAACGAUGUUGAUAAUGAGAAAGGGCCUGCACAUUUUAAGUAUGUUCCUAGUCUCAAGUAUUCAAAACAUGUAAAUUUAGUAGAAUCAUCUGCUGGCUGUACUUGCCGCAGUGGAUGUCUACCUGGUAAUCCCAACUGCCCUUGCAUUAAAAAAAAUGGGGGUUAUCUUCCUUGUAUAGCACAUGGAGUUCUUGUUAACCCAAAGUCCUUGACACAUGAGUGUGGUUUUUCUUGUUUGUGCCCUCCUAAUUGCCGGAACCGGGUAACUCAAGGUGGUCUGAAAGUUCAUUUGGAGGUGUUUAGAACUAAGGAUAAAGGUUGGGGUCUUAGGUCCUGGGAUCCCAUCCGUGCUGGCGCGUUUAUAUGUGAAUAUGCUGGGCAAGUCAUUGAUAUUUCUAAGAUAGAAAAUGGAGAUGAAAUUGAAGAUGAUUACAUUUUUGAUGCUACCCGUACUUAUCAGCCAGAGGAUUAUCUGCCUUGUAUUUUCAAUGAGGCUGCAAAGAUUCCAUUUCCCUUAAUUAUAACUGCAAAAGAUGUUGGGAACGUAGCUCGUUUUAUGAACCACAGUUGCUGUCCCAAUGUAUUCUGGCAUCCAGUUUUCCGUGAGAAUAAAGAGGGGUAUGAUGUUCAUAUUGCAUUUUAUGCCAUCAAACAUAUUCCUCCUAUGACAGAGUUGACAUAUAAUUAUGGGUCAGUCCUGCCUGACAAAGCAGUGAGAAAGAAAAACUGCCAAUGUGGGUCAUCAAAGUGCAGGGGCUUCUUAUACUAAUAUUUACUCAACCGUUGAUUUUGGAUGGCAAUGGCAAUGGCCCUUGCUUAACUCAUGCACUACGGGAAAGGCACGUAUUUCAAAUUUUAAAGGCAGAGGACCCUAAGUCCCUAACCUAUGUAUUUGGAGUAAAAUAUUAUGAUAUAAUGAUGAAGUAGUUGUAGGUAGUGUGUCUGUAUGUAUGUCUGAGCAUGUGCUUGUCACAUGAACAUGUUCGUAUUUUAAUCUUUUGUCAUAUAAAGAGUUCAGUUUAUUUUUACUUUUUUAGUUUAUUAUUACAUUUUGUUUGUUCUAUACCUCUUUUACUGAAAGUUACUAAAUAUUAUGUUCUGGACAUGAAAAUAAAAUCAGUGAUGCUUUGUAGUGGGUUUCAAGCAGGUGCUCUAUGGGUAUUGACUAAAUACCGGUUCAGUGCUUGGACAAUUGUCACAUAAUUUUACAUUCUUGGUUCUAUCUCACCAUCUGCAUCAUCUUUUUCUGAAUUUUGGUGCAGUUUGUUCUGCAU